AUGUUUCAUAAUUGGAGGUUAUCUGUUGUUGUCCGCCAUUUCUGCACCUGUCUCUUGUUUUAUCUGAUAUUUUGUGUCAAUAUUUCUGUAUCUAAUAUAAGACUGAGAAGUAACGGUGGCCAUUUCUUUCGUAGACAACGAAAGUCAGCAAUCCUGCUACUCGCAGUAGCAGCUACGUGCGCCGCACCAGCAUCAGACAAUAACCUCACACAGGACAAAAAUGAGCCAUCAACUCACGAGUUUCUCAGCUCCCUCGGUCUUAAGAAGCUGCGUUUACCAGCCGCCCACCACAGAAAGCGUUUAGCUGAACAAGGCAGGCGACAUGGCACCGGCGACUCCAGAAUGUUCGUGAUCAAGCUACCACCAAAUAUGAACUACUACAGCAAUAUAGACCCUGCACCAGUUGCAGCCAGGAAAUUACCCCUUCAAAUGCACGGCAACGGAAAACCAGCUCGUGUGUAUCAUUGGAACCUUCCAGUUCUCAACAAGCUGGCAAAGAACCGCCCUCAGGCGCGUCUCAAUGAUGACAUAGUGAAUGUCGAAAACACUCCAACAUGGACAAAGGCUCACCCCAAUGCAAUAGAGUCGAUAUCCUACUAUGUCCCAGCGAAGGUUCAGUCUUUCAGGAAAUACUACUCUGGUAAUGGAAAACCCAAGUCGUUUUACGUCUUAGAAAAGGACAAGAAAGCUGCGGAAUAUCACAAGUUCCUGCCAUAA